ACAAAAAGAGAAGCAAAAAUAAAGCAAGAGUGAGUGGUUGCUCACUCACUUUCUAAUAAGCUGCACAUUCAUUUUUUACUGAAAGUUUCAUUCUAACCAAUUGGGUUACGCGUUCAUUUUCUUUCUCUUUCAGCAUCCUAUACCAAUUUCUUUCCCAAAGACCAGUUUAUAAAGUAUUCCUUUUCUCCCACCUUCUUCAUCAACCUCAGUAAAUUCAUCAAAAAGAGUUUUUGGAAUCUGAUUCUUUUCUUCUCCAUUUGUCCCAAAAAAAAUAAUAAAAAAAUGGAGGCCAAAUGGUCUGUGUUUUUCGCUGUGGUGAUAAUGCUUGUUCUCGCUGUGAAUGGUGAUGAUGAUGAUUCUGUGAAGCCAUUGGUGAAGAAAGUGAAGGGAAAGAAAGUGUGUAUGAAAGGGUGGGAAUGCAAAACUUGGUCUGUUUAUUGUUGUAACCAAACCAUUUCUGACUAUUUCCAGGCCUACCAGUUCGAGAACCUCUUCGCUAAGCGUAACUCGCCCGUGGCUCAUGCUACGGGAUUCUGGGACUAUCACUCUUUCAUCACUGCCGCUGCUGACUACCAACCCCUUGGAUUUGGUACCACGGGAGGGAAGCUUAGCGGGAUGAAGGAAGUUGCAGCAUUUCUUGGUCAUGUUGGCAGUAAAACCUCAUGUGGGUAUGGAGUAGCUACAGGGGGACCAUUGGCCUGGGGUCUAUGCUACAACAAGGAACUGAGUCCCAGCCAGUCAUACUGCGAUGACUACUUUAAACUCACCUAUCCCUGCGCUCCAGGAGCUUCAUACCACGGCCGUGGAGCUUUACCUCUUUAUUGGAACUACAACUAUGGAGAAACUGGGAAUGCCCUGAAGGUGGACCUAUUGAACCAUCCAGAAUACAUAGAACAGAAUGCAACAUUGGCAUUCCAGGCUGCGAUUUGGAGGUGGAUGACGCCAUUCAAGAAGCAUCAGCCUUCAGCACAUGAUGUGUUUGUUGGAAAUUGGAAACCAACAAAGAAUGACACUUUGUCCAAGAGAGUUCCGGGAUUUGGCGCCACCAUGAAUGUGCUGUACGGAGAUCAGGUAUGCGGUCAAGGCGACUCCGAGUCCAUGAACAACAUCGUCUCGCAUUACUUGUAUUACCUUGAUCUUAUGGGUGUUGGAAGAGAAGAGGGAGGGCCCAAUGAAGUCCUUGCUUGUUCUGAGCAGAAGGCUUUCAAUCCAGCAUCCUCUUCUUCUACAAAUUCCUCUUGAAACUUCUGGUGGUGUUCAUAGUUAGCCCUGUCCAUAUCAUACACUUUGAGAUAUAUAAAAUCCCUUUUUGAAGGAAAACAAAAAUCAAUAAGGAAAUACUUUGCUCUUUGUGUGAAAGUUGCAAAACCAAGUCUUGAAACUUUGUUUAGAUAUAUAAUGCUUAUCUUUUGUUGUUCUUAUUUUCUAAGUUUUGUGAUUACUUUGUGUUCCAAAUUCUAAAAGUACAUUGGAGUAUGAACCAUGCCAUUGACUCAGUCAUAUAUACGUGAAUUUCAAGUAACGAAAUUUUGAAAUAUUUCUCAUUCCGAAUUUGUAACGAUAUUGAUAUAUUUCUGCCGUUGUGUUUCUUUUAA